UCCUCGGUCCAGCGCUGUACAGUCCGCAGUCUCUUGGUCAUCCUCUGUACUGUCUGCCGUCUCUUGGUCAUCCCCUGUACUGUCUGCAGUCUCUGGUCAUCCCCUCUACUGUCUGCAGUCUCUUGGUCAUCCCCUGUACUGUCUGCAGUCUCUGGUCAUCUCCUCUACUGUCUGCAGUCUCUUGGUCAUCCCCUGUACUGUCUGCAGUCUCUUGGUCAUCCCCUGUACUGUCUGCAGUCUCUUGGUCAUCCCCUGUACUGUCUGCAGUCUCUUGGUCAUUCCCUGUACUGUCUGCAGUCUCUGGUCAUCCCCUGUACUGUCUGCAGUCUCUUGGUCAUCCUCUGUACUGUCUGCAGUCUCUUGGUCAUCCCCUGUACUGUCUGCAGUCUCUGGUCAUCCCCUGUACUGUCUGCAGUCUCUGGUCAUCCCCUGUACUGUCUGCAGUCUCUUGGUCAUCCCCUGUACUGUCUGCAGUCUCUUGGUCAUCCCCUGUACUGUCUGCAGUCUCUGGUCAUCCCCUGUACUGUCUGCAGUCUCUGGUCAUCCCCUGUACUGUCUGCAGUCUCUGGUCAUCCCCUGUACUGUCUGCAGUCUCUUGGUCAUCCCCUG